CUUUAUGAAGCGGCGCUGGCCGCCAUUUUGUUGGUUUCUUAGAUUAGGCAGUCGAUACAAUAUGGGAGUCUAUGUAGCCGUCUUAUUCAAGUCUUGCCGAGGGAGAGGAGCCCAGUAAGAAGUGCAGCAACAGAUGCUGAAAGGAUAUCAGUCAGCAGGAUCCUAGCAUUCUGAGUUCAGAACAACAUCUUUAAGGAAGCCUUUACAUUUAGCAGCCUUGCAGAUGUGUACAUCCACAGGAAAUGCAGGGAGGGACCGACAAAGAGAAGCAGCCACUGUGUGUGUGUAAGAAAGUCUCAGAAGAGAUCUGUCCUGCGUGUGACUUGUGGGAGGCAGCGGCGACACCGUGAGCGUCACAAGGUGUGUGUCGCACCAUGCCGCAUACUCCGCUUGGGCCAGGGCCGCAGGAUGGAGAGGUACAGGUUAACAAUUGCACUCCCUGCAUAUUGAGAGAGGAGAGCAGGGGGGAAAGAAGAGAGGCACAAUCAGGAGACAGACAACCGGGGGAAGUCCAAGAGACGUGUCCAAGUGAUGGCAUGGAAACACAAAGAGACAGCAAGAAGGUUAAACAAGGGGACUCUUUAGAGGAAACAGAGGGACUUGAGAGAGGAGACCAGCAGGGGAUGGAGGGAGAGAGGGGGGAAACACAUGGGUUUGAAGGAGAGAGAGAUCGACUCCGCAAGGAGAUUAGUAGGGAGCUGAAGAUAAAGGAAGGUGCGGAAAAGCUUCGAAGAGCCACCACGGAGCGCAAGAACCUGGGACAUGUAGAAACCAUGCUACGGACAUGUGAAAAGAGACUGGAGAGCUUAAAACAGGAACUGGAUGAUUUAGAGACCACUCCUACUUCUCCAGUAUCUACUGGAGCCGACCCCCACUCUCCAGGUCUGCGCACUGAUGGACAGAGAUCUAAGAUCUUGGGCCUAGAGCGACAGUUAGACAUUGAGUUGCGAAUGAGAAAAGGAGCAGAGAAUAUGUUGCAGAUGUACAGCCAAGGAGGAGCCAAGGACAAGAAACUACAUUCAGCCACCCAUCAGAUGUUAUCCGAGAGUGAUAUAAAAAUCCGCUUCCUUCGUGCACAGAUCUACAAGGAGAGCCAGGACACCUCUGGUGCAGGGGAAGGUGCCCUUGAGGUGCUACACAAUGAACUGCGCAUUGAGGAAGCAAGGCAUCACUACCGGGUGGAGCGAGCCGUGGCUGAGGGAGCCGAGAAUGCUCUAAGAAUGCUGGGAGCUGCAAGAACUCAGGACAGGAGUGCAAUCAAUGAGGUCCAAGCUCGUCUGUUGGAGUCUCAGCAGAGGACAGACCUGCUAGCGCUCUCACUCCAGAGGUGCCUCGAUGAAUUACCACAUGAUCACCCCAAGAGAUGUAUCUUGCGAGAGGAGCUGGCUCUGCACAGUUCUCCCUCCAGACUUGAUGCCUCCUCUCUCCUAACUCCCUACAGUAGUGUCUCCAAGCCCGCUCCUCUCACAGGUGUCUUAGAGGUUUGUAUUGUGGAUUGCACUAAAAUCCUAGACAUGGUGCCUGGAAGAACACGAGCCUCCCCUACCCGGUUACCAAACAACGUCAGCCCCUUAGAAGGCCUUGCCAUGAGAACACGGACUGGGCGGAACAUGUACUCACGCACAGCCAGUCUGAGUCGCAGUGAGGAACUGUCAGAUGAGAUCAGUGUCGUGCUGAGACUGGAUAACAAUGUGGUUGGACAGACUGCCUGGAAGUCUGAGGGACGAGACACAUGGGAUCAGAUAUUCAAACUGAAGCUGGAGAGGGCUCGAGAGCUGCAGCUGUCCGUGUACAGGAGAGACUACCGCUCACUCUGUGCUAUUAAAUACCUCAAGUUAGAAGAUUUCCUGGAUCAUCAAAAGCAUGAAACAUACCUGGAACUGGAACCCCAGGGGACCUUGUUGUGUGAGGUGGCAUUCUACAACCCAGUGAUUGAAAGAUUCUCCAACCUGCGCCGACAGAAAAAGAUCUUCUCCAAGGAACAAGGAAGGGCGUUUCUUCGUGCACGACAGAUGAAUAUUGACCCAUUAACAUGGCUCCGCCUGUUGCGCCGAGGAGUUAAUACCAGCAGUGUGGUCUACAGCCCUGGAGAUCGAGGAGCCGAGUUGCAGUUGGAAUCCCUUACCCUAGAGACAAAGGAAGAAAUUAAGAAUGAGCAGGUUCCUGUCCCAGAGGAAAAGCAAGUCCCAGUAGUAAGAAGAGAAAGCCAAAGGAGAACGCAGAGUGUCUCUCAGCUUUCCUUAGACAAUUUCCGGCUGUUGGCGGUGCUGGGCAGGGGUCACUUUGGGAAGGUCCUGCUGUCUGAGUACAAGGAGACUGGGGAAUUGUUUGCCAUCAAAGCCUUGAAGAAAGGGGACAUCAUUUCUAGGGAUGAAGUAGAGAGCCUUCUGUGUGAGAAGCGCGUGUUUGUUGCAGUAAGUGCUGCCUCACACCCGUUCCUGCUUAGCCUCCUGGGAUGUUUCCAGACUGCGGAGCACGUCUGUUUUGUCAUGGACUAUUUGGCAGGGGGAGACCUCAUGACGCAUAUCCACAGCGAGGUGUUCAGCCAGCCACGUGCCAUGUUCUACGCUGCCUGUGUCCUUUUGGGCUUACAGUUUCUGCACAGCAAGAACAUUGUGUACAGGGAUCUCAAGCUGGAUAAUCUACUGCUGGAUUCAGAAGGAUAUGUGAAACUCGCUGAUUAUGGUCUCUGCAAAGAGGGUAUGGGCCCAUCUGACCGCACCUCCACAUUCUGUGGCACGCCAGAGUUCCUUGCCCCAGAGGUCCUCACAGAUGCCUCUUACACUCGAGCUGUCGACUGGUGGGGAUUUGGGGUCCUGAUCUAUGAGAUGAUGGUUGGAGAGUCUCCAUUCCCAGGUGAUGAGGAGGAGGAAGUGUUUGACAGCAUUGUUAACGAUGAAGUUCGUUACCCACGUUUCCUCUCUGCCGAAGCUAUUGCCGUCAUGAGACGGCUCCUGCGCAGGAAUCCUGAAAGACGGUUAGGAUCAGGGGAAAGAGACGCUGAAGAUGUGAAAAAACAGCCAUUUUUCAAGGAAAUGGAUUUUGAAGCCCUCCUCUCCCGUCGAUUGCCACCUCCUUUUACCCCAUGUGUGAAGGGGCCACACGACAUCAGUAACUUUGACCCCGAAUUCACAUGUGAGGGGCCAGAACUGACUCCUCCACGGGAGCCUCGACUUCUGAAGCCUGAGGAGCAAGAAUUGUUCCACGGAUUUGACUAUGUGCGGGAGGGAGCGUAAGGGGGUAGAGCUGAUAAGUGGGUGCAGUUCUUUCUGUUUUUCCUUUCCCCUUCUCAUGUUUUCUGUGUCAUUCUCUAGCUCAAGCUGUGGGUCAGAUAUGUCUAAUAGAUAAAUGUAGCCUUGGCUUGCCCACAGAUUCCACUGACUUUCUGUAAAACCUAAUGAUUUUAUUUUAAUCCAGCCCCCAAAUAUGAAGUCUUGUGGAUAAUUGGCCGAGUACCUGAAAGUUGGAUAUGGAUUCUCCUUUCCUUUAUUGACUCUUCCAGCCCCUCUGUCCCUUCUGCUCCUCUGCGCUCUCUCAGGGAAAGCCAUGUAAAUAAAAUUGUUUUGUAACAUUUUA